ACUGGAGACGAGAGCUUGGUAACUUCAGCUGGUCAACUAGAACAACUUCGUGGUGAGUUCAUAUAUCACAAGUCUUCAGUGACCAGAGACGGUGUCAUACCCGAGUCUUCCGCUAGAUGGCGACACUGUAACACAGAAAUCUGUGCUGGGGGUUUGUUGUUGAAGCGGAGAAGUGAAAGCGCUGAGGAAGUUCCCGACGUCAGUGUCCCAGCUGAUAACUUGGCAUUCAGGUUUGGACCACAACUUGGUUUGGAGCUGAUACUUGGUCCUGAAAGUUUUAUAUUAACACACUGUGUGUGUCUGAAGUUGUUUGUACUUCAGCCAGCCAGCCAUUAACGUAAACAACUUUUUUAGGGCUCAGAUCCUAAACAUUCCUCGGCUGUCUAAAGGAAAUGAUUGAUCUCUUUGGAGUUAGAUUAACCAAAAAGCAAAGUUCAGGCGUUUAAGGGCUUCUCAGAGCUGUGAAGCAAAUUUCCUCUGCUUAAGAGUCUGUUUGGAUUAUAAAAUUAAAAGUUCUCAUUCCCACUUGGUCUUGGUUUGCAUCAUGACAGUGACACUCCCAAAUUCCAACUCUUCUGUCCCUCCACCUUUCCCAAUAAGGCCAGCUGUGGCUCCGUCUGUCCAGCUCGGAGUCACCAUACUUUACACUUGUCUGUAUGGAGCUCUAUUCUGCAUAGUGUACAUCCAGCUCUGGUUGUUGUUGUUAUUCUAUCGCCAUAAGAGAUGGAGCUACCAGAGUGUUUUUCUGUUCCUCUGCCUGUUUUGGGCAGCCCUCCGUACUACUCUGUUCUCCUUUUACUUUGGCGAUGCUGUCGCUGCCAAUCACCUGCCCACUCCGAUAUACUGGCUCCUGUAUUGCUGCCCUGUGUGCCUGCAGUUCUUUACUCUGAGCCUCAUCAAUCUGUACUUUACACAGGUCUUGCUCAAAGUUAGAGACUUCUUCCAUAUCGAACCCAGGAAAGGAUUGUACAUGGCCCGCUGCAUGUAUGCAGCCAUGAGUGUGGUCUUCUUGUGCGUCAACGUGGUUUGUGCCAGUCUCGGGGAGCGAGGGGAAACAGGCAGAGCUGGGAACAAAACAUGGACACUGGUUCUAGUCCGUGUCUUGGUAAAUGACCUCCUUUUCAUCAUCGAGGCUGUAUGCCUGGCUACUUUGCUGCUGCUCCUGACCCGAUCCUCUCCCACAACCAGCCCUUAUUUACACAGUAAGGGGACCAGCCUUUGCAGGACCGCUGUGUUAGGAACAAGUGUGAUCCUUCUCUUCUUCAGCAGAGCAUGUUAUAACCUUACCGUACUCAUCUUGUCACAGAAGUACAAGGUGGCGUCCUUCGGCUUUGACUGGUACAACAUCUCAGAUCAGGCUGAUCUUCGUAAUGAUCUUGGAGACAUGGGCUACAUUGUGUUUGGAGCUAUUCUUUUCAUAUGGGAGCUCCUCCCCACAAGCCUGCUCAUCCUCAUCUUCAGAGUGUCGCGUCCUCCGAAAGAAAUGAAGUGUAGUCCGGUCAUCAACGCAAGAGCCUCACGCUCGUAUUUCUUGGACGAUCCACGAGGGAUGGAUGGAGACACAAGUACUACUUGGUCAUAUAGUAUACGCCCUAAUAGCAGCUGGUUUGGCUCCAGUGAGACGACUCCGCUGUUGUUCAACAGGACAGAACAGACAAACCAGCAUCACUCCCUCUACUCCACCCCGCAGACCUGACCGCUCCACAGGAGGGUUUUGUGGAUUUGACAUUGAAUAUUCUCAGGCAAUAUUGCAUCAGUACCUCAGCCUAUGGAGCCUGAUGGGUGAAAUCUGCACUGAAUCCUGGUGCACAUGCUCGCACAUUCCAUUUUCAUAUUUCUAACUUGAAUAUAGCAGCAUUUUAAGCAAACUUGCAGGUUCUACCCAGUUUACAUAAAUAAGGACCACUAAAGGGCUUUCCACCCCUCACCUAAACCUGUAUAACCUUUUUUUGUACAAAGUUUUAAAAAUAUGAUACCAUACUAGCAAAGCUGACACUGCUUAAUGUACAGAUCCCCCCCCUCCCCAAGACGGAGUUUAAAUUUUAAAAUGACUAAUAUGAAUAACUUGAUCAUUUUUGCUUCAGUUGACUUUUCUAAUUUAAUUGCAUUAAUAUUCCUUAAAUGAAGUAUUUUUACAUUGUCUUAUGGAAUAAAAAAAAACUGAGUUGAA